AUGUUCAAGGUGAAUAAAAAUCUGGAAUUCAGCCCACCUCAUGAGAGGGAUAACAACAUCAAUUAUAUCCCAGUCAGCAAUAAUAAUAGUGAUAAUGAUAAUGCUGAUAAUAAUAAUAAUAAUAAUAAUAAUAAUAAUAAUAAUAAUAAUAAUAAUAAUAAUAAUAAUAAUAAUAAUGUCCUUUGUUUACCCUCGGCAGGAUUUAUAGCACUAAUGCUAGUGAGGCCGAACUAAUAUCUGAAACAAAUAAUUCAAAUCAAACUUCGUCUGUAGUUAAGUCCCCUGACACACUUGCUCGGCAGCUCGGGUCGGACCAGUUUUUAUUGCGCAUACUUUUUUAAUUCAGUUCACAUGCUUGACAGACUUGACACAGAGACUUGCCACAAAGCGUAGUCAAAACGAGACGUGACCGACAAACUGAAAAUAGUUUUAAAGAAUGCUCUUACGUAACGCCCCCGCUGCCCGCGUAACACUUGACCUCUUCUUGCAAUGAGGAAAUCAGAUCGCAUGUUUGCCAAACACUUCCAGUGUACUUAAUAGAUUUAUAGGGCGUUCUUCAAACUUUAUUGCUCUAUGGUCGUGUCCUUACAAGACUAAUCGUUGCAAAGAGUUACAGAGCUAGAAGUGAUACGGCAGCUAUAUAAUGCAAAUUCGUGCAAGGUUCGGACAACUGCCUUUAAUUUUGUCCUUUCUUCAAAUUAUCCGUUUCAUAUUUGUACCUUGCAUGCGCACGAAAUUUACCCUUAAUGCCGUUUAUAUCUGAUUCGGUAUACUUGGCUUUCAGCAGUGUUGGCUAGCCGACUUGAAGUGUUUUCUAACUGGGUUUUGUACCGAAAAGUCCUUAUCUUUGAUCUUCCGGCAAGAUUCUAACAUCAUCAAGUCAAAACAACGGAAAAAGCCCUCAGCUAACAGAGCGUCAUUCAUCAGACAUGGGUAAGUAGUUUAUGUAUGUUCUUUUGAUGAUCUGAUUUCUUUUUGUUAUCUUGCAAAGCAUCGUUCUCGCGUUACUGAUCCGCGUUCGCGUUGUAUAAACGACAGUUUUCUUCACGAAAAUAUUUCCGGGUGCCCAUUGUCAGAGCCUUAAAGUGACAUUAGGCUGCAGGAAAUAGUCCAUGAAAUUGCUUUAAAAUGUUUUUUUUUCCCAAUAUAUUUUAGCAAAUUGGACAACCUGAGGCUCCAGUAUUGGUCAGUAUUACCUUUUAAGGGAAUCUUUUUGCCAUACAAAAGAUUUAAAUGCAAAAUGCAGAAUAUCUGUGUUUGCAGAAUGAUAGUUUGCACGGUUACUUGUAAUGCAUGCCACCGAGUUUAAUUUGUUAAAAUUGGUCUUUUCACUGAAGGAAACGGUAUUAACCAGAUUGGAAAGCCUUCGUAAAUUUAAGAGGUUAAUUCCAACGAAAUCAUUCUCACGCACAGUAUUCACACACACGGAUUGAUGUUGUACUCUGACUUCCUGUUUCAAAAAAAAAGGAACUGAUCCAUGGAUUAUUGCAUUGCAAUUGUUACAGUUAUUUCCAAGAUGUAUUCGGAAUUCUGAGCACGCUGUAGAUAUCUUUAUUGCUUAUGAUCAUUUGUUAGUGAAAGUCUUCAGUUCUUCUGUCCAGUAUCUGAUUUAUGUAUUUCCGCUUAAUAUACCUAAACAUGACGGGGCCAAUUCUAAUAGAAAUAGUAACGGUAUGUAUAAAAUCCCAAGUUGACAUAAACAAUAAAGUUAAUAUAAAUGUACAUACUGAUUAAGACAUUUAAGUAGUGAACAGUCAGCGUGGAUAAUGUUAACUAUAUUUUCUGACAAUUAUUCACAAACUUAGCCUCAAGCGGCCGAGUAAAACGGUUCCUUGGACUGGAUAGAUAGCAUUUGCUUGCAUGGCCGUCGCGUAAAAUUCCCGGUCACAUCCGAGGAUUUAACAGGCUAGAGCCGCAUUCAAGCCACGAUUUCUGACUCGUCCCCAGUCGUCUCUAAGUUGUCUCUACUUUUAAUUAUUUACAAGAGAAGCCAGGAGCCCACAUGGGCUCUUGGCAAGCGCUUGGUCGUUAAAGAGCCCAUUCUAGUCUUCCACGCCAAUGGCCUGCGUAGCAGGCGCUUGGAAGAAGUGGGCGAAAGAGAGAACGGGCACGCGCGAAUUUGCGGCAAUUUAGUGAAAAAAGGGGCCAAGGGAUAUGUUUUUUGCGUCCCGGGUAGGUUCGGUUGCACUCUUGUUGUCUUGGUUUUUUAUUGCCACUCUUUGAAAGAAAAAACUGCUUGGCGGAAGAGGCAUAUUUUGGCAGUUACGUUUUCAAAAAUCCAGCUAGAUUUUCUACCUUCGCAUAAAAGAAUUAGAUAACAGCUAACAGUCCCAUUUCUUGUUUUUCUUUUACAGCCAGUCUCCCUCCACUGGGCCUAAGUCCGAGUCAUAAGAUAAUUGAACCUGACAUACACGAUUAUAAGCUUCCUGACAACAUAGGUGUUAAAUGGAAAGACCUUGCACGAGCAUUAGGCUACUAUCAACCAACUAUUGAAGCAGUUGAAACAGAAAAAGGUUCUCAUACUAAGGAAUGCUGCAUAGAACUUUUGGUGCUUUGGAUAAAGCGAGAAGGAAAUGAUGCUACUGCUGUAAGACUAGCAGACGCUUUAAGGAGCGCGGAACUUAAAAACCUGGCUGACAUUUUAGUCUGUCCAAGCUAUCCGAGCCAAGUGAGUAUAUAAUAAGCAAAAGUUACUUUCACGGAGAGUCGAACAAGCCACAGUUAUUGAAAAUACAACAAUGGCCUUUUAAGAGCAGUUUUUGGUAGUGCUUCAUGUAAAUCCCCCUCAUUGAACGUGCCACGGCAUAAAAAUGUAAACUUCUUGAAAAUUUGCAUACUCAGCGCAUUUGCAAAACUAGUAGACGUAGAACCACUAUGUGGAUUUGUUAUCUCUAAAAGCUCUUCUAAAUCGUUAUUUUAUUUCAUUUUUGAUUAAUUUAUUUGUUUACAUACGAAGAGCCCCACCAAAGCUAAAACAUCCUUAAAAGUUGUUUAGUAAUUUGAAUAUGUGUAACACCUGUGUCCCAGUUUUCCGCGUCUGAUUUAAAUUUUUUUUUUUUAACCGGGUUUAAUGAAAUAUGUUUAGAUAACGUGAAUGGGGUGUCAAUUGAGAAGUAAAAGUUUUGAGGAAACCAAACAAGCAACUCGAAGCAACUAGACAGCUGGCGAUAUACUACGCUUCAUGCCAAAAAUAUCGGGAUAUAAAAAAAAAUUAAGCCGUCUCGGCAAACCGACAAACCGGAUCAUCCCAGCACACGUAAUCCUUAGCCCUAAUAUCAAACUUCUACUAAGCUAAUUAUGUACCGCUGUCUCCAAUUUUGUUGCGGGCUCCAAAUAUGUUUUAUUUUCGGUUCAGUUUGAUAUAUACCUGUUUUCUCGAUAUUCUAGAACAACGAGUUUGAGAAGACGAUUCGAGAAAUGAAAAAUCAGCUGGUCAACUUGGAAGCAGAGGUAUUAAAAGUUAAUUAAGUAUAAUCAGGACUGAAUAGAGUGAAAAACAGAUCUAGCGUCCUUAAUUAACUCUUUAAAUUUUCUUACAAGAAAACAGAAAGAAAGAAGAAAAAUAAAUUUCUUUUUGUUUUGACAAAACAGGGUUCCAGGCUGAAAGCCAGGAAUAAAGAACUAGAGGAAGAGGUAUGCCAGUUCUGUAGGAGCGUAUCAUAAUUCACAAAAACUGUCAGCCGUCCCUUUUUCUUUCUUUGUUUAAUUUUUAUUUAUUUAUUUAUUUUUAGCUCAAGGGAAUGGUGGGAUAGGAUAUAUCCAAAAAUCAAAAUUCCUCUCUCACACAAAUGACUGUUUUCUGUGGCGUUUUUUUGAUGCAAGGGCAACUUGCCUUCGGUUGUGAAGACACGAACCUCAGUGCGCAGGGUUCAAUUUUGAGCCGACUUCGCCCAGCGAAAAGCUAAAUGGGCCUAAAUUAGAGGGCAAAAUCUCAAAUCUCAAAUCUUUAUUUUAACACGGUAAAAAUUCAUCAGGUUUUUUGUUACAUAUAAAGUAUAACUACAUAACAAUAUUUAAUAAUAAUAAAUACAUAUCUAAAGAGUCUCUUAAUAAUACUACGCAAAAUUAUACUAAACUAUACCUGUUUUCCAAAGGAAAAGGGCAAAGAAAAGAGAUUUGAAUAAAGCUGAAUGAAUUAAUAAAAUAUUGGUGAAGACAUGCAAGAUAACAAUAUAUUCGCCAUGUCAAGGCCGUGUGUUGUAGAUGGGAACACUUAUACCUUUGCUCAGAAAAACAGCUACUAACAUUUAUCGAUGUGGAGACACAAAACGGUCGAAAUCGUCUUACUAAACGUCUAAGUAUGCCAGGUCGUGGUUUGAUGUAAUUGUGACACUUGCUUUUAAGUUUGUCCUAUACUUCAAAAGCUUAUUAUUGGCCGAAGGAUUCCAUUUUUGCUUUUUAGUGAUUCGUUUUUCUAUAAACAGAACCAGAAAUUGCGCGCUAGACAGGAAUGUGAACACAAACAGGAGGCUGGCAAGGUAAGCAUCGCAGUGAGCAUUUACUGAGCUGAGAGUUAAACUAAAGGCAUCUUGUAGUAAAACAGCCAUCAUUUUUUUGUUGCUCAUGGUCGAGUAGGUUUUGGGAAUGGGCGCCAAAUCUGAAGAAUCAGAAAAACAGCUUUCAAGUGCUACGGAAAACUACCGAGAGAAGGAAGAGGAGGUGAGUCAACAAUGUUUGCCAUUAUUACUAGAUAUGUAAAAAAUAAUUUCCUGGCUGUUUUGACUCUCAUAAAAGAGGUAAGGGUCCUCCAACGGUCUUUUCUACGCCUUGUGGGACUCCUUACCUUGCAGUAGUCCUUGCUCACCCGACUGCUUUGCUGCCCCCUUGAGGGGGGGGGGGAAUAUUUCAAGGGGCCCAGGUUCCAUUCCUGGGCGUUUUUGGUGUACUUGUGAACCCUCCCUAAGGCGUUACUCGACAGAGUCAUUGCUCUUUGGCUCUGUUAAGUAUUCUAAGCUGUCUUUAGCCAUUGCACUUGGCACUUAACAAGGUACUUGACUCAUCCCCUUUCAAGCAACAAAACACAAUUUUUAGUAUAACGGAAAACUGGAAAAUUGGGUAACGACACUGGAUCCACACGUCCACAGCGAAACGUUUUUACUUUGAGUGUAUAAACCUGCAGCACCACAGAGGCUAUUUCAUGAUCAAGUCAUCACGCGGUAAAGAAAAGAUUAGCCAGGCCAUUAUGGACAUAGUGUUUUUUGCGGGGUUGUUAUAGAAUUACUGAGGAACUCUAAGGAAUUCAGAAUUCAUUGACGUUUAUUUUUCUUGGUUUUGCAAUUUGUAGAUUUUAAGAUUGAGCAAGAUAAUUGAUGAUUUAAAAAGGGAACUUUCCCUUGCCAAGCCUAACUUAGACGAUACCAGCCAAGGGGUGAGUCAACAACCGCUUUACUACUAGCUUUUUGAAAAAUUUAGAAAUAAUUUAGCCUCAUCUGGUUUUGCUCCUCAUUUAUUGUCAUCAAGAACAAAAAAGCGGGACAAAAAUCCAAUCGCAAAGAAGAUAAGAAAAACUGAAGCAAUGUAAGCCCCUGCGAGAUCGUUCUGUUGAUUAGGUGCACCAGCCCGUGUGAAAGCGGCAAGAGGAGUUAAUGUCAAAAUAGGCUUCUCUUGAAAUUUCGGCAAAUACGAUUGUCAGGGUGUGAGGCAAGACCUGCAGUCACUUGUUUACUUAUAUUUUAUGAAGUGUAAAAAGCCAACAAUAUCGAAACAAUAUCUUUUUUGCCACCAUGGUACCCAAGGUCCUACUCUCUUUUGUUAACUUCGUCAUGGUCCAAAAUCUACCCUGGUUGUUGCUUGGCAUAUGCCUCACGUUUUUAAAAGAAGGUGAAAUCCCAUUCUCUUGACACUAAACAAUAAUCGUAGCGUAAUUAUCUUUUCCUUGUCGAACUGAAGUAAGUUACGUUCUGAAUAUAACUUAACCGGCCUGUGGAGACUGCCAACGAGUGGCGAAAAAACUGCAUUUUUCACCUUUCUUCUUUUUUGGAGUAGUUUUCGGUUAAUUAGCACGGGAAUGGCUAAAAAUGAGUUUUGCAACAAUAAAAGCAUAUUUUCCGACUUAUCGGAUGUAAUUAAGCAGCGUUUUUGAUACACAUGCCCAUGAGCCAAAAUCUGGACUUCAUUUUGCGAAUUUUUUUUCGAUCGAUCUUUCUUUCUCGCUCUCGUUUUUCCUUUUUCCCUUUAUCCAGUUUUUUUUCCCACUUUAUCGUCUUUCUUUUACCAAAAGUUAAAUGGAAACUUGCGGUCACCUAGAAUAGGGACAAAUUUAAUCUGCUAAGAGCAGUAGGUGAACGGCAAAAUUGGCAGUGGAUUUUUCCCCAAAAUGUUACUUGGUACUUCUACUUUUACUCUGUCAGGAUUGGUCAGAAUUUCCAAAACGAGGUAUCGGUGGAAAGAUCUAUCUUUGCUGACGUUGCUGCUUACCAAAUUAAUAGCUUAAACUGAAAGCUAAAUGGCUCCAGGGAGGAAAAUAUGUCUGUACUGUUCCAUAUGGAACGAAAACGACCAAAGCGGUCGUUAAAGGGUAUAAGUAUGACGCGUAUCGCGUAUGGCUCGACGAAGAUUGGAAUUGUGCUGUUAACAUUUAUUUUAAUUAUUUCAUUCUAAACAAAGUCUUUUGCAUGUACUCUUUGAUUAAUAUUUAAGGACGGUGAUUUCUCUUCGGAUUCAGACCAAGCAGAUAGAGAAUAUCGCAUUGGCGUUCAAUUAAAAAAUAUCAAAGAGCAGCUUAACACAUACGUUACAUCUCCUUUGCAAGCGCCGGUAGUAAAACAAGAUCAACUACGAUUAGCAGUCAGACUUGACCUUUUGAUCAGGCUUAGCGAGAACCUGCAAGAGUUAUACACCGAGACACAGGGCAUUAUUUCGGAAGCUGGUAGAUGUAGAGAAGACUUGAGGAGGGACUAUUAUGACCUGGCCUAUCACGGCCUUAGGGCGGAACACUUUGACCUGGUCCACAGAGUUGAAGAUUUGGAAUCUGCACAAAAGGAGAUGUCUGAAGAGGAGAAGAAGGAAUAUCACAGACUGCAAUCAUAUCAGAAAGACAGACAAAGACAGGUCGAGGCAUUGGAUAAAGUGUGGAGACGUCUUUUCUCUCCGGUAUGUGAACAGAGAAGAACUUCUUUUCUCAGUUUCUCGACUUUCCCAAGCAUAAUAGGCAAAAUAAGCAAUGGCAUAUCAUUUCGCAGUGUGGUCCUAAAGUAUGAAACGCUUCUAUCGUAUCAGUUUGCAGUCGCAACACCCUGCGAACAGAAGCCCUUCGAUCUUCUUCGGUAAGAUACCGGGAUCUAAGAAGAUAGAAGGGCCCGGUCAAAUUCUUUAUUUUAACCUGAUGUUCAGCAAUGCAAAUAAAAGCGUCUCGUCAGUUCAGGAUCACUGGCUUUUGUUUCAAUUGCAGGUCGAUCGUCUUCCUAAAAAAGCAGGAUCAGAUCCUACUAGUAACAAGUCAAAAGGCGGUAAAAAGGUAAAUGCAGAUUAUCUUACACAGAUAAGUCCAGGAUACACCAUGAUCAAACGCUGAUAAUCCCACAUGUGAAAGGCAUAACUCAGUUUCCUCGUGAAUAAUUUGAAGAUGCAAUACCUUAUUAACCCUUUUUUUCGCGCGACUUUAUAUUCGCGAUUUUGGCGAAUCACCGUUUUUCAAGGUAAUUAAAUUUUGCUAUUCAAGUUCACUGGUGCUAGCUUAUUGGAUUUACAUUUCUGCAUUUUAUCUAACCAUAACGGAAUAGAAACGCAUCGAGCAACUGGCUGAAAUGUUCAACAAUGUCAGCAACAUAACAUCUUUUAAAAGUACUCUGACAUAAGCAACCGAGGCACUAUUUAACUCGAUGUCACUGCAAAUUAGCUUUUAGAUAAGGAUCGCCUCUAUGUUUUCAAAUAGAUCUUCAGGCGAUAAGGUUGUCUUCCUUUGUACAAGUUCGGAUAUUCCCGCUUUGCUUCAUCCUUUCGCAAUGUCCCACUUUCCCUCACUACCUGCUAAAAGGUUGUAAAGAAUAUUUCUAAAAGGGCCGGAUAAACCAGUGAGCAGCCCUUCAUGGAGCGUCUUGAUCUGUAAAGUUCUUUUGUUGUUUCCUAAGAGUUUCGUGUGUUUGGAGCACACUUCAUCAGGGAGUUUUACAAUACAACUAAGAGUACCUAUAAAUAUACCUAAAACGAAAUGAAUUUUACAUUGAACACAAAACACCCACGGAUUUGCGUAUAUGAACUGCAAACCUCGUGGUUAUACGUGUAAGAAUCAGGCGGAGAAAGAAAUAUUUUGCAAGGUGUAACAUAUUGGUGAUGUUUUGGGCCCUACAGUUUUAGCUAAGUACUCCUAGCAGACGGAAAACUUAAAAAAAAACUUAGGUUUUUAUAUAGGUCACUAAAUUUCGCGUCCUUAAUUUUCGCGGCACCUUUUCCAAAUUCGCCAAAUUAAAGUCGCGCGAAAAUAAGUGAUAAUAAAAAGUGGACCAUUUCACAUCCGCUAACAUGAAGGGGUAAACGUACGUACCGACGUGGGCGUACGCGUACGAAUGAUUUUGUCAGAACCAAAAUUUCUUGGGUGCAUAGAUAACCAAAUUUUCUUACCGAUAAUGCUCCGCUGCGCGCGCUUCGCGCGAGAGCUCUGCUAUUGUCGUUAUAUAGUCAGAGAUAAGAGAGGAGGCAAAGUUUUGCAUUUUUUUUCUUUUAAAGGUCCUGCGACUUACGGAUCCGAGUAACUUAGUUAGGAAGCUUAAACUGCGCGAGGAAACCGAUUUUGAAGCUGAAGCGCCUUUAGCAAGCAACGAUGAAAAACAAGAAGAAGACUCGCGGGUAAGUACUUGCGAUUUUCAUUUCUCUUCAAAAUUCCUCCUAGCUUGCGAAAGUUGACAAACCACUUUUCUCCUUCUAAUUUUUUUCCAAGGAGAACUUGUCGAAGCAAAACUUGCGUCAAGGCUAGUCUAAAAAUGGGACUGAAGGCUUAAACUAAGUUGAAAGGGUUAUUUGACACAAUCGGAUCGAGCGACUUACGUUCCGGCCAAUCAGAAUCAGGUUGGGUGUCUGCUUCUCAUUUACCUUUCAGUAGACCUUGUUCACAAUACCCGCAAUCUUUUUACGCACUUCAGGAUUGAUGGCAUAAAGCCAAUGUCACGUGUUAUUUCAGGGGCAAACAAGUGAUACAAUUUGCCAAUACUAGUAAUCGCACGUCGAAUUUGUUUAUUCUCUGCCAAAAGAGAUGACGAUUUUAGUCUUGUUAAAUGUAAAAUUCGAGUUUCGAAAAGUUUUACGUUGACCAGUAGUGCUUGGUGCGAGGACAACUAUGAUCGCUACUGCUUCCAGAAAAGAAACAAAGAUCACUUACACUCAUAAUUUGCAUAGUAUUAUCUUAAAGUAGUGAAAGGUUCUUCUUCUCACUGCUGUCUAGAAUAAAAAGGUUAAAUUUAACAACGAUUUCUUGCAUUGGCAGCUACAUCAACGCAGAGAAAGCACUGAAGCACGCGUAUACGUACCCACUCCGUGGUACGUGCGCUUCAGUGAUUUCUUUUUGCAGCUUUAUCUCUUGUUUGCCCCUUGAGAAACCACGUGACCUUGCUUUUAUCCUUGAGAACGCGCAAGGAUGGCGGUUUCGUGAAUUGGGUCUGUUAGCCUGGUACCAGACUCCCCUUGGGGGAAGAAAAAAUUGGGUGAAACUAGCCUUUCGCUCCCUUCACUCAUCACUUUUUUUGGCUUUUUUCCCCUCUGCGGAGCCGAGUUCCAGGCUACUAUACAAUGAAUCAUUAUUUUUCCUUGAACGACAUACAUAAGAAUGAACUAAACACGUACUUUUAGUAAAAUUAAAUCUAUUUUUACUUUGCAGCUAAUGCCGCGUAAAAAGAGAUCCUCAGUCGGAACCGUCAUUCUCUCCAUUCAGUCCAGAAAGAAGGAGGGUGGUGAACAACAGAGUUCUAGUGUCCCCUACACUCUGAUGCGGGAUGUUUAA